ACACUAACGAUUCAUAUGUGAAUUCAAUCAUAUUCAACUCUUUCUAUUGCUAGAGAAUUAGCCAUGGCAAGUGUAAAGCUCAUAGGAGCCUCACCAAGCCCAUUUGUGAACCGGGUUCAAAUUGCUUUGAACCUAAAAUCAAUCGACUAUGAGUUCUUAGAAGAGACAUUUGGUGCGAAAAGUGAGCUUCUUCUUAAAUCAAACCCGGUUCACAAGAAAAUACCUGUUCUUAUCCACAACGAGAAGCCUAUAUGUGAGUCCCUCAUCAUUAUUCAAUACAUUGAUGAGCUAUGGAUGUCUGGUCCCUCCAUUCUCCCUUCUGAUCCCUAUGAUCGUGCCAUUGCCCGAUUUUGGGGAGCCUAUAUUGAUGAUAAGUGUUCUCUAGCCGAAAUUCGAAAGGCAGGAGGAGAGGAAGAGAGAUUGGCAGCAGUAGACAAGGUGGUAGCAAUGCUGGUGUUGUUGGAAGAGUACUUCAUCAACUGCAGCAGUGAAGGAAAUGGUAAUUUCUUUGGCGGUGACAACAUUGGUUACGUUGACAUAGCACUCGGGUGCUUCCUUGGUUGGUUCAAGGUGAUGGAGAAGAUGCUCAAUCUAAAGGUGCUAGACAUAACCAAGACGCCGUGUCUGGUGAAGUGGGCCGAGAGGUUUUGCUCAGAUGAUGCAGUUAAGAAUGCUAUUCCGGAGACUGAGCAGCUUUUGGAAUUUGCUAAAAUCCAUCUGAUGUAGUGAAAAAACUCAGUCUAAUUGAAAUGCAUGCCUUGAGUUGGGUUGGCUUACUUGGGAAGUCCAUGAACUGGGAAGCUUUCAUUGUGAAUAUUUUUUAAUCUUGUUUUGUUUUCCCUUUGUAAUAAAUAAAACUAAGUUUAGAUGUCACGAGAAAAUGUUUCACGAAAAUUGUUUUGAAACUAUAGCCGAUCGACUGAUCAGCUGAUCAGCACAAUGUAAGAUUGACCGUUCACUGCUUUCAAAUAUUUUUUGUGAAACUUUUUUCGUGAUAUGUAUUAUUGUUGUAUAAAUAAAAGAGUCCAGUUCCACGUGUGACA